CAGCAACAUUAAGGAUUAACAGAAACCCAAAAGGAAUAGUGGUCAAGAUGUUGAUCACCAUGCUAACAGCCAUGUAUAUGGUGGUCAGAGUCGUAGAAUCGAUAGGGGUGCGGUUUGCACGUCAACAGGACCCUUUGCCUUACAUGGUGUCCCAGCCUCUACCGUGGCAUGUUCACUCAGUGUCCCACAGUCGGAGGAGCAGCAAAACAGAUGAGUUUGAAGGCUUCAGGAGGAACAGCAUAGGCGUGUAUAGAAAGAACUAUGUCUCCAUGGCUAUUGCCUCAGCCUCUCUGGCUAUCCCCUGUGUCCUGUCGUGCUCAGACUCCAAUGCCAGCAAUGGGGCGUGCACCACGCCUGCUGUUCCUCCGCUCAGCCCCGUUGAAGUUGAGAAGGCCGCUGCCACCAUCCAGACCCAUUUCAGGAAGUUCCAACAGAAGAAACAUAAGAACGGCAAGUAGAUGGACAAGGAGGGAUGGUGGUACCGGUACUGCAAGUCUGGGAGACAGCAGGAAGCAGAUGGGAUGUAUGUGCAUUCACCAAACAAUGGAUGAACUCUGUGAUAACGUACGAUCUAUCAUAUUCAAGUACACCUCCUGGAUUAGUGACACAGCAUAAACAAUAGCAAAACAGUAAUGGCUUACAUUUCAAACAUAUUAUUGUCAUAAUGUCUACUAUGUGAAAUAUAUAUGAUAUGUAUUAUAACACAAUGUAUCUGUAUCUGAAUGAAUGUUAGUUUUGAUAUGCUGUUAUGAUGUGAGUAUGCUGUAAAUAACCAGUGUUUGAGUGUAUUAGUAAGGGAGAAAAUACAUAUCUAAUAAUUUGUCAACAUGUGGAUCUUUCAAAAACAAAAAUGUUACCAAUCUUUCAAUAAACUUCUCUGUAAGCC